CCCUUGGACCAAUCAGGGGCAAAACCGGCAUAACAAAAUCUCUCUCUCUCUCUCUCUCUCUCCCCUUCCUCUCUCUGAUCAUAGGUUCCCAAUCCAUCCAAUUGAACCACCUCUUCGUCUCCAUCGGAACCAACGCACGAACUCUUAUAUAUAUAUAGAGAGAGAGAAGAGGAGGGAGAAAGUCGUCGGAGCUUUAUGGAGAUCGGGCAGGCGAUUCCGUCGUCGCAAGGGGGCCCCACGCCCUCCUCCUCCUCUUCCUCGUCAUCGUCGCCUUCCGACAAGGAGGUUAACAGCAACGCGCCGCCGAGGAGGUUCGACGACGACGACGAAGAGGAGGACGUCUGCCGGAUCUGCAGGAACCCGGGCGACAGCGAGAACCCGCUCCGGUACCCGUGCGCGUGCAGCGGUAGCAUCAAGUUCGUCCACCAAGAUUGCCUCCUACAGUGGCUCAAUCACAGCAACGCUCGACAAUGCGAGGUAUGCAAACAUGCAUUUUCAUUCUCCCCCGUCUAUGCUGAGAAUGCUCCAGCGAGGCUUCCUUUUCAGGAGUUUGUAGUUGGGAUGGCUAUGAAAGCAUGCCAUGUCCUGCAAUUCUUUCUGCGCCUUAGUUUUGUACUUUCUGUUUGGCUCCUUAUCAUUCCGUUCAUUACCUUUUGGAUAUGGCGAUUGGCAUUUGUGAGGAGUUUCGGUGAAGCCCAAAGACUUUUCUUGAGCCAUAUAUCUACUACAGUUAUUCUGACCGACUGUCUGCAUGGGUUUCUCCUUUCGGCAAGCAUCGUGUUCAUUUUUCUCGGAGCGACUUCUUUGAGGGAUUACUUUAGGCAUUUAAGAGAAAUUGGAGGACAGGAAGCUGAAAGAGCAGAUGAAGCCGAAAGAAACGGUGCUCGUGCUGCAAGAAGACCUCCUGGACAAGCUAACAGAAAUUUGGCCGGAGAUGGAAAUGGGGAGGAUGUUGCUGGAGGGCAAGGAAUUGCUGGAGCUGGUCAAAUUAUUAGAAGGAAUGCCGAGCAUGUUGCUGCUCGGUGGGAGAUGCAGGCAGCCCGUCUAGAGGCUCAGGUUGAACAGAUGUUUGAUGGAUUGGAUGACGCUGAUGGUGCAGAGGAUGUGCCCUUUGAUGAGCUAGUUGGGAUGCAGGGGCCUGUUUUUCAUCUGGUGGAGAAUGCCUUCACUGUUCUUGCAAGCAAUAUGAUAUUCCUUGGUGUUGUUAUCUUUGUGCCCUUUUCACUAGGACGGGUCAUACUUCAUUAUGUAUCAUGGCUUUUGUUCUCUGCUACAACUCCAGUGUUAUCAACAGUGAUGCCACUUACGGAAUCUGCUCUCUCGUUGGCCAAUAUCACUUUGAAGAAUGCAUUAACUGCUGUUGCAAAUUUGACCUCUGAUAACCAAGAAAACAGUUUGCUUGGCCAGCUUGCAGAAAUGUUGAAAGCAAAUGCUACUGGACCACAUGAAGUGUCAACCAAUCUUAGCGCUCCAGUUUCAACUGAUAUUAUGAAAGUGGCAUCUGCUGGAGUAUCACGGCUUUCUGAUGUUACAACUCUUGCUGUAGGCUACAUGUUUAUAUUCUCGCUAGUUUUUCUCUACCUUGGAAUUGUUGCAUUGAUUCGGUACACUAAAGGUGAGCCUCUGACUAUGGGGAGGUUCUAUGGUAUUGCUUCAAUUGCAGAGACAAUACCAUCCCUCUUCAGGCAGUUCGUGGCAGCAAUGAGACAUUUAAUGACUAUGGUUAAGGUUGCUUUCCUUUUGGUCAUCGAGCUUGGCGUUUUUCCGCUUAUGUGUGGAUGGUGGUUGGAUAUUUGUACCAUAAGAAUGUUCGGGAAGUCAAUUGCUCAAAGAGUUGACUUCUUCUCAGCCUCUCCGUUAGCAAGCUCAUUGAUUCACUGGGUGGUAGGAAUUGUUUAUAUGCUACAAAUUAGCAUCUUUGUUAGCCUUCUUCGAGGGGUUUUGCGAAAUGGGGUUCUGUACUUUCUUCGAGAUCCGGCUGAUCCAAACUAUAACCCUUUCCGUGAUUUAAUCGAUGAUCCUGUGCACAAACAUGCUCGCAGGGUUCUUUUAUCUGUUGCUGUAUAUGGGAGUUUAAUCGUGAUGCUGGUAUUUUUACCAGUUAAACUUGCCAUGCGAAUUGCGCCCUCCAUUUUUCCACUCGAUAUUACUGUAUCUGACCCAUUUACUGAAAUCCCUGCUGACAUGCUUCUUUUCCAAAUCUGCAUUCCAUUUGCUGUUGAGCAUUUUAAGCUGCGUGCAACCAUCAAGUCUGUUCUCCGCUAUUGGUUUACUGGAGUUGGGUGGGCUCUUGGUUUAAUAGAUUUCUUACUGCCCAGACCCGAGGACGGUGGUGGUCAAGAAAAUGGAAAUGGGGAACCUGCAAGGCAGGAUAGACUACGUUUACAACUGGGUGGGCAAGAUCAAGCCUUAGGAGGACUUGUGGCCCCUGAUGAUUUGAACAGAGGCAGACACGCACCUGCAAAUAUGACUGCAGAAGACUAUGAUAUUGAUGAGCAAUCUGACUCAGAGAGGUAUGGGUUUGUGCUUCGCAUUGUGCUGUUGUUGGUGGUGGCUUGGAUGACCCUACUCAUUGUUAACUCCGCCUUGAUAAUUGUACCAAUUUCACUUGGACGAGCACUCUUCAAUGCCAUCCCUCUUCUCCCAAUAACUCAUGGCAUCAAGUGCAACGAUUUUUAUGCAUUUGUCAUAGGAAGCUAUGUCAUUUGGACUAUUGUAGCUGGAGCAAGGUACUCCAUGGAGUACAUUAAGACAAGGAGGGCUAGAGUUCUGCUAAGCCAAAUUUGGAAAUGGUGUUGCAUUGUUUUGAAGAGUUCUGCACUGUUGUCAAUAUGGAUUUUUGUCAUUCCGGUGUUAAUUGGACUGCUUUUUGAACUUCUUGUUAUUGUGCCAAUGCGGGUGCCUGUCGAUGAGAGCCCAGUUUUCCUUCUAUAUCAGGACUGGGCUUUGGGGCUCAUCUUUCUUAAGAUCUGGACUAGACUGGUUAUGCUCGAUCAUAUGGUUCCCCUGGUGGAUGAGAGUUGGCGAAUAAAGUUUGAAAGGGUGAGAGAAGAUGGUUUCUCCAGGCUUCAGGGCUUCUGGAUACUACGGGAGAUUGUGUUGCCAAUUAUUAUGAAGCUUCUUACUGCUUUGUGUGUUCCUUAUGUCUUGGCCAGAGGUGUAUUCCCAGUGUUUGGAUACCCUUUAGUCGUUAACUCAGCUGUCUAUAGGUUUGCCUGGUUGGGAUGCCUUGGCUUCAGCCUCUUGUGCUUUUGUGCAAAAAGAUUCCAUGUCUGGUUCACUAACCUCCAUAAUGCUAUACGCGAUGAUCGAUAUUUAAUUGGUCGGAGGCUUCAUAACUUUGGGGAGGACACAGGGGAGAGGCAAAACGAGGAAGGGGAUGAGAAUUCCGUGGAAAUAGAAAAUCCAGAUACAAUUCGGGCUGGGUUACUCCGGCGCGACCAUGGAAUGAGGCAGAGGCGUCCUAAUUGACAGGAAGCCUGAGAAUGAGACGUGCUCGUCGCAGUCUCCGCUUUAAUUUUAUGCGUUGAGGGUGAUGUACUAAUCUAGUGGUGUUAGGUUGUGAAUACGUAUUUGUGAGGGCUUAUAGUCACCAGAAAUUGAAUAGCAACGAAGACUUAUUUUUGUUCAUAGAAAGGUUUCUUUUACAAUGUCUUGUUGUUCGAGUUUGUCUUACAAGUAGAAAAGGCGUGUGUAAUUCAUCGUAUGAGAAACAUUUUGGAAAUAAAAUUUGGACUAUUCAAUUA